AUGUUUGAGAAUUUCUCAUUUCCGUCCCCAUCGACGGUGGAGGGAGAUGAUCGACUCAUGCCAGAAUGUGACAGCACGAUGAUUUCACCGUUGUCAUCGCGCUCGCCAUCGCCGUCGUGUAUAUCAAGGCGCUCGCGCCCUCUAUCUCGACCCCGAUCGCCAUAUUACCGUCCCCGUCCUCAGGCUCCCACUUCCAUGCCCCUCAACUACGAGCCCUAUCCGCGUCGCAUAUCCGUCGGCACAUUGACAGAAAAGUUGAACGCACACUCGCUGGAACAGACGACGCGACCUGCACCCGUUUAUGAACACCCCCCUCUAUCUCCGCUAUCCCCAACCUCAACCACUUUUUCGACAGACUCCAUCUCAACCCGCGGGAACAGCGCCUAUACUGUCUUGACAUCGCCCGGUGACUACGACGACGAAGGAUACGACGAACCAAUGGCUCUUCGCUGGGAACGAUUGUCGCAUUCGUCCGCUCGCCUCUCAUCUCCAACGUCGGCUCCCUCUCAACAAGACCUUUUUCUUCCCGAAGAAUUGCCGAGUCGCGUCCACCGACAACCUUGCAUGCGGUUACAACGUCAGCGCUUCUCCCGUGCGCAAUGCAGUAUCGACGCCGUCAGAAUCGCCUUGAUGGCAGAAGCCUCUUCCCGCCGGACCUCAGAAUCAGAAGCACUGCCUGGCGAGGAUUGCCACCCCAGCUCUCUACCACCAGAUGUGUCUCCCAACCGUCCGCGUGUGCCGAAUAAACAACAAUAUCGAGUCGUCAGUAGCGGUCUCCGGUCUCGUGAGCGUACUCCACCAGAUCAUGGCAUGCGUCGACGCAGCACCUCAGCAACUACAUUCGCCUCGACCACCCGAAUUGCGAAGCCUCGUGCUCGCGACUUACAUUCGAAAAAAAGCGAACAGACACUGCGGCGGAAAAGUCUAGUCUCUGCCGCUCUAGCGUCGAUGAUGUACGACACUCCAAGUUCGAGGUCACCAAGCCCAUAG